AUGAUGCGUAAAGUAAUACAAUUUAUUGUUCUAUUACUCUUUUUCAUUUCUAGUAUAAAUGGAAAAAUUCAUUGUAAUAAUGGCGUCAAAUUAAAUCAUCAAAUUAAACCCAUCACUUUGGUAUAUCCUAAUGUAGACCAUGAUAAAUUAAUUUAUAAUCAAACUGCUUGUGAGUUAUUGUCUAGUCAAAUAAAUUGGAAAGUAAUAUCUGUUAUUGGUCCAUAUCAUUCUGGUAAAUCAUUUUUAUUAAAUUCAUUAACAAAUAUCACAGAUAUUUUUCCUGUAGUUAAUAGUAAUAAACCAACUACACAAGGAAUCCAGAUAUUUAUUUCAGAAAAAGAAGGAAUUGUUUAUUUAGAUACUGAAGGUCUUUCAAGUGGACUUGCCAAUUCAACAGAAGCAUAUGAUGCAAUGAUAUAUAGUAUAGCUGCAUUAUCUAGUAAUUUAAUGAUAUACAACACUAUCCGUACUAUUGACCAACAACAAUUAGAUUAUCUUGAAUUAUUAUCACGAAGAGCUCAAUUAUUUGCUUUAAAAAGUGAAUUACAAAAUAGUGGAAAUCUCAGUAAAUCAUUUGUUUCUUUUCCACCAUUAUUUUGGGUUGUUCGAGACUAUGCUUUAGAUGAAAGGACAGAAAGCUGGUUCUUUUCAUUAUUAGAAGCAAGUCAAAGAAAAGAAUUUGGUAAAGCAACCUCAGAAAAGAAUACAGAAAAUGAAUCUAUUAGACUUCAAAAAUUAUUUGAAAAGAUGAAGGCAUUUACAUUAUUCCUUCCUCAUAUAAAUAAAGAAAAUUUAAAAGAAUUAAAAAUUCAAUGUUUAAAUGAAGAAUUUUUAAAUGACCUUCAAAUAUUAAAAAAAUCUAUACAAGAAACUAUUAAAGGAGUUGGGAUAUCAGCACGCCAAUUUUGUAGUACUAUUAAUUUUUAUGUACAUGCAGCAAAUAAAAAUUUAUUUCCAGUAAUUCCAAGUGUAUGGAAUGGAUAUAUUAAAUCAUUAAAGUUAUCAGUAAAAGAAUCAGUUUUUGAUUAUGCUAAAAAUAAUACAGAUAAAAUUAAUGAACAAAAUAUAGUAUUUACUGAAGAAGAGAUUAAUAAUAAAAUUGAAAUAAUAAAACAAAAUUGUAAAAGAAUUGCUGAACAAAUGUUAUUUGGAAUAAAAGAUUUAACAGAAAAUGUUUUACAAGAUAUUGAAAUAGAUAUUUCUAGACCAAUUAAAGAAUUGAAAGAAAGAAAUAAUGAAAAAAUUCAAAAUUAUAUUAAAGAAGAAGCAAAAAAGAAUAAAAAUGAGUUAAUAGAAUUAAUUAAAGAAAAUAAUAUGCCUUUAAAUAAAAAAGAAUUAAAUAUAAUAAUUAAUAAAUUAAAAAAGCGAUAUAACCAACGAAUGGAAAAUAUUUUUAAUAAAUUUCAUUCAACAGAAAUAGAUGAAGGAAUAAAACAAGAAACAUUUCAAGAAAUAUUUAAUAAAAAUAAAAUAAUUUUAAAUGAAGUAUUAAAUUCUUUAGAAUUAAAAACUAUUAAUUUAUUCUCUACUCAAACUGAAUUAAUGUCAAAUAAUAAACUUAUUAACGAACUUAAUCAAAGGAUUCAUCAAUCAUUACUCUUUUUUGAUAAAGAUACUAUUAAAUUUAAUGAUUGGGAAGAAGUCUCUUUUAUUAGAACAAAAAUUGAAAAUCAAUUAAUAAAUUUAAAAGAAGAAACAAUUAAAAAAAAUCUUAAAGAAUUAUUUCAAUUUUUACAAAAUGAAAAAAAUAAACGAAUAAAUGAAUUUAUUGAACAAAUAAAUACUAUUAAAAUGCCAUUAAUUGAUAGUCAACUUAAUGAAAUUAUAAAUAAAAUUGAAAAAAAUAUUUUACUUAAAAUGAAUUUUAGUUGUAAGAAAUUUAUUAAUGAUGAAACUUAUACAACUGUUUUUAAUGAAUUACAAUUAUUUAUUAAUACAAAAAAGAAAAUUUUAGAUCAACAGAAUUCUGAAAUGUUUGUUCAAAUAACUCUUCAUGAUUUUGAUAGAAUUAGAAAACAAAUAAAAAAAGAAAAUCAUUCAUUUUUUAAUCCAUGGUCUUUAAAAAAAGAAUAUAAAAAAUUAUAUUCUGAUGCUAUUGCUAACUCAAUCCCUGAUUUAAAAACUCGUAAUAAAGUUGUUGAAAAUUUCAUUUUAGAUGAAUAUAAAACUGAAAUUAAAAAUGUAACACUUAAAUUUACAUCAGGAAUUAUUCUUAUUUUCUCAAUUAUUGCAACUUUGAUCUACAAAUUUUUUAUGUGA